CACAAGUUAUUAUCUCGUUUGAUACUGUAUUUCUAGAGUUGUCACCAACAUUUUGGCACAGCACCAAUUAAACAACAAAACGUAAAAACAUGACAGAACAGACAGAGAAAUCAGCUAGAUCAAAAGUUUUUUUUGAUGUCAGCGUUGGUGGAGAGCGAAUUGGUCGCAUAAUUUUCGAGCUGUUCAAUGAUGUCGUACCAAAAACAGCUGAAAACUUUCGCUCUCUGUGCGUUGGUGACAAAGGAAUGGGAGAAAAAGGAAAACCUCUUCACUACAAAGGAUCGAUUUUUCAUCGUAUUAUCAAAGAUUUCAUGGUGCAGGGAGGUGAUUUUACAAACUUUAAUGGAACUGGUGGCGAAUCAAUAUAUGGCGAAAAAUUUGAAGAUGAAAAUUUCGACUUAAAACAUGACAAGCCAGGGCUCUUAUCCAUGGCCAACUCCGGUCCUGGCACAAAUGGAAGUCAGUUCUUUAUAACAACUGUCCCAACCGCUCAUUUGGAUGGAAAACAUGUCGUGUUUGGAAAGGUAUUGAAGGGAAUGGGAGUGGUGCGUGAGUUGGAAGAGGUAAAGAAAGCAGGAGAGGAACCGCUUAAGAAAUGUAGAAUCGAAGAUUGCGGAGAGAUACUUCCGGGUGAAGAUGAUGGCUUCGUCCAAGAUGAUGGAACUGGUGAUCUGCUACCUGAUUCACCAGAAGAAUCAGAACUUAACUACGACAAGUCUGAAGACAUCCUAGAAGCGGUUGAAAAAAUCAAAGCAAUCGGCAACGACUUAUUCAAAGCACAAAAGUUUGACAAAGCUUUGAAAAAAUAUCGCAAAGCUAUUCGUUAUAUUGAUCAUAGCGACAAAGGUUUUCAAGAUACUGAUUCUGAUGACGACGAGGGAGAAAAGCCUGAAAAUGAAGAAAAGAAAAAGAAGAGAGAAGAAACUGAAGCUGCGUUUGAUAAAAUUUUACUGCCAUGUUUAUUAAACAGCGCGGCAGUGAAAUUGAAGUUAAAUGACAGUGCUGGAGCUGUAGAUGAUUGCGACCAGGUGAUUUCAUUGGAUGAGAAGAAUGUAAAAGCUUACUAUAGAAAAGCUCAGGCUUAUAUAAGUAUGAAAGAUUAUGACGAAGCAAAGACUGUUUUACAAGAUGCGUUAAAGAUUGCUCCAAACGACAAAGCUAUUCAAGGAGAGAUGGUUCGUUUAAAAAGAUUAGUGAAAGAGAAAAACGAUAAAGAGAAACAGAUGUAUGCUAAUAUGUUUGGCAAGUGAAAACCCUUUUCAACGCGAAUUAAAGAUAUGUCAACUUGUGUGGAGAGACUAAAGAAGAUCAUUUCAAAGAACACAUUUGAGAAGUAACAUACAUGUAACAAAUUUGAGAUAGAUGUUUUGUAACUAUAACAUGGUUCAAAAGAUGAAUACUUUUUCUAGAUA